ACAUCCACUGAAACAAUACUAGUAACAACAGAAGCAACAACAAUUUCAGUGACAACACCUGCUGAAACAACAACAGACCCGACAACAACUGAAACAAAAACUGCAGUGGCAACACCUAUUCAAACAACAACUAUCAAUACAACUGAAGCAACAACUACAAUGAUAUCACCUGCUGAAACAACGCUAGCAGCAACAACUGCAGAGACAACACUUGCAGAGACAACACUUGCAGAAACAACACUAACAACAACUGAAGCAACAACUACAAUGAUAACACCUGCUGAAACAACACUAGCAGCAACAACUGCAGAGACAACACUUGCAGAAACCACACUAACAACAACUGAAGCAACAACUACGGUAACAACACCUACUGAAACUGAAGUUACAACUAUAGAGACAACACCUGCAGAAAUAACAAUGCUAACAACAACUGAAGCAUUAUCUACGGUGACAACACCGACUGAAACAACUCUAGCAACAACAGUUUUAGUGACAACACCUACUGAAACAACAAGAGAACCCACAACAACUGAAGCAGAAACUACGGUGGCAACAUCCACUGAAACAAUACUAGAAACAACAGAAGCAACAACAAUUUCAGUGACAACACCGGCUGAAACAACAACAGACAUGACAACAACUGAAACAAAAACUACAGUGGCAACGCCAAUCGAUACAACUGAAGCAACAACUACAAUGAUAACACCUGCUGAAACAACGCUAGCAGUAACAACUGCAGAGACAACACUUACAGAAACAACACUACCAACAACUGAAGCAACAACUACGGUAACAACACCUACUGAAACUGAAGUUACAACUACAGAGACAACACCUGCAGAAAUAACAAUGCUAACAACAACUGAAGCAACAUCUACAGUGAAAACACCGACUGAAACAACGCUAGCAACAACAGUUUUAGUGACAACACCUACUGAAACAACAAGAGAACCCACAACAACUGAAGCAAAAUCUACGGUGGCAACAUCCACUGAAACAAUACUAGUAACAACAGAAGCAACAACAAUUUCAGUGACAACACCUGCUGAAACAACAACAGACCCAACAACAACUGAAACAAAAACUGCAGUGGCAACACCUAUUCAAACAACAACUAUUGAUACAACUGAAGCAACAACUACAAUGAUAACACCUGCUGAAACAACGCUAGCAGCAACAACUGCAGAGACAACACUUGCAGAAACAACACUAACAACAACUGAAGCAACAACUACGGUAACAACACCUACUGAAACUGAAGUUACAACUAUAGAGACAACACCUGCAGAAAUAACAAUGCUAACAACAACUGAAGCAACAUCUACGGUGACAACACCGACUGAAACAACUCUAGCAACAACAGUUUUAGUGACAACACCUACUGAAACAACAAGAGAACCCACAACAACUGAAGCAGAAACUAAGGUGGCAACAUCCACUGAAACAAUACAAGAAACAACAGAAGCAACAACAAUUUCAGUGACAACACCUGCUGAAACAACAACAGACCUGACAACAACUGAAACAAAAACUACAGUGGCAACGCCAAUCGAUACAACUGAAGCAACAACUACAAUGAUAACACCUGCUGAAACAACGCUAGCAGUAACAACUGCAGAGACAACACUUACAGAAACAACACUAACAACAACUGAAGCAACAACUACGGUAACAACACCUACUGAAACUGAAGUUACAACUACAGAGACAACACCUGCAGAAAUAACAAUGCUAACAACAACUGAAGCAACAUCUACAGUGAAAACACCGACUGAAACAACGCUAGCAACAACAGUUUUAGUGACAACACCUACUGAAACAACAAGAGAACCCACAACAACUGAAGCAAAAUCUACGGUGGAAACAUCCACUGAAACAAUACUAGUAACAACAGAAGCAACAACAAUUUCAGUGACAACACCUGCUGAAACAACAACAGACCCAACAACAACUGAAACAAAAACUGCAGUGGCAACACCUAUUCAAACAACAACUAUUGAUACAACUGAAGCAACAACUACAAUGAUAACACCUGCUGAAACAACGCUAGCAGCAACAACUGCAGAGACAACACUUGCAGAAACAACACUAACAACAACUGAAGCAACAACUACGGUAACAACACCUACUGAAACUGAAGUUACAACUAUAGAGACAACACCUGCAGAAAUAACAAUGCUAACAACAACUGAAGCAACAUCUACGGUGACAACACCGACUGAAACAACUCUAGCAACAACAGUUUUAGUGACAACACCUACUGAAACAACAAGAGAACCCACAACAACUGAAGCAGAAACUAAGGUGGCAACAUCCACUGAAACAAUACAAGAAACAACAGAAGCAACAACAAUUUCAGUGACAACACCUGCUGAAACAACAACAGACCUGACAACAACUGAAACAAAAACUACAGUGGCAACGCCAAUCGAUACAACUGAAGCAACAACUACAAUGAUAACACCUGCUGAAACAACGCUAGCAGUAACAACUGCAGAGACAACACUUACAGAAACAACACUAACAACAACUGAAGCAACAACUACGGUAACAACACCUACUGAAACUGAAGUUACAACUACAGAGACAACACCUGCAGAAAUAACAAUGCUAACAACAACUGAAGCAACAUCUACAGUGAAAACACCGACUGAAACAACGCUAGCAACAACAGUUUUAGUGACAACACCUACUGAAACAACAAGAGAACCCACAACAACUGAAGCAAAAUCUACGGUGGAAACAUCCACUGAAACAAUACUAGUAACAACAGAAGCAACAACAAUUUCAGUGACAACACCUGCUGAAACAACAACAGACCCAACAACAACUGAAACAAAAACUGCAGUGGCAACACCUAUUCAAACAACAACUAUUGAUACAACUGAAGCAACAACUACAAUGAUAACACCUGCUGAAACAACGCUAGCAGCAACAACUGCAGAGACAACACUUGCAGAAACAACACUAACAACGACUGAAGCAACAACUACGGUAACAACACCUACUGAAACUGAAGUUACAACUAUAGAGACAACACCUGCAGAAAUAACAAUGCUAACAACAACUGAAGCAACAUCUACGGUGACAACACCGACUGAAACAACGCUAGCAACAACAGUUUUAGUGACAACACCAACUGAAACAACAAGAGAACCCACAACAACUGAAGCAAAAACUACGGUGGCAACAUCCACUGAAACAAUACUAGUAACAACAGAAGCAACAACAAUUUCAGUGACAACACCUGCUGAAACAACAACAGACCCGACAACAACUGAAACAAAAACUGCAGUGGCAACACCUAUUCAAACAACAACUAUCGAUACAACUGAAGCAACAACUACAAUGAUAACACCUGCUGAAACAACGCUAGCAGCCACAACUGCAGAGACAACACUUGCAGAAACAACACUAACAACAACUGAAGCAACAACUACGGUAACAACACCUACUGAAACUGAAGUUACAACUAUAGAGACAACACCUGCAGAAAUAACAAUGCUAACAACUGAAGCAUUAUCUACGGUGACAACACCGACUGGAACAACGCUAGCAACAACAGUUUUAGUGACAACACCUACUGAAAAAACAAGAGAACCCACGACAACUGAAGCAAAAACUACGGUGGCAACAUCCACUGAAACAAUACUAGUAACAACAGAAGCAACAACAAUUUCAGUGACAACACCUGCUGAAACAACAACAGACCCGACAACAACUGAAACAAAAUCUGUAGUGGCAACACCUAUUCAAACAACAACUAUCGAUACAACUGAAGCAACAACUACAAUGAUAACACCUGCUGAAACAACGCUAGCAGCAACAACUGCAGAGACAACACUUGCAGAAACAACACUAACAACAACUGAAGCAACAACUACGGUAACAACACCUACUAAAACUGAAGUUACAACUAUAGAGACAACACCUGCAGAAAUAACAAUGCUAACAACUGAAGCAUUAUCUACGGUGACAACACCGACUGGAACAACGCUAGCAACAACAGUUUUAGUGACAACACCUACUGAAACAACAAGAGAACCCACAACAAAUGAAGCAGAAACUACGGUGGCAACAUCCACUGAAACAAUACUAGAAACAACAGAAGCAACAACAAUUUCAGUGACAACACCUGCUGAAACAACAACAGACAUGACAACAACUGAAACAAAAACUACAGUGGCAACACCAAUCGAUACAACAGAAGCAACAACAAUUUCAGUGACAACACCUGCUGAAACAACAACAGACCUGACAACAACUGAAACAAAAACUACAGUGGCAACGCCAAUCGAUACAACUGAAGCAACAACUACAAUGAUAACACCUGCUGAAACAACGCUAGCAGUAACAACUGCAGAGACAACACUUACAGAAACAACACUACCAACAACUGAAGCAACAACUACGGUAACAACACCUACUGAAACUGAAGUUACAACUACAGAGACAACACCUGCAGAAAAAACAAUGCUAACAACAACUGAAGCAACAUCUACAGUGACAACACCGACUGAAACAACGCUAGCAACAACAGUUUUAGUGACAACACCUACUGAAACAACAAGAGAACCCACAACAACUGAAGAAAAAACUACGGUGGCAACAUCCACUGAAACAAUACUAAUAACAACAGAAGCAACAACAAUUUCAGUGACAACACCUGCUGAAACAACAACAGACAUGACAACAACUGAAACAAAAACUACAGUGGCAACACCAAUCGAUACAACUGAAGCAACAACUACAAUGAAAACACCUGCUGAAACAACGCUAGCAGUAACAACUGCAGAGCCAACACUUACAGAAACAACACUACCAACAACUGAAGCAACAACUACGGUAACAACACCUACUGAAACUGAAGUUACAACUACAGAGACAACACCUGCAGAAAUAACAAUGCUAACAACAACUGAAGCAACAUCUACAGUGACAACACCGACUGAAACAACGCUAGCAACAACAGUUUUAGUGACAACACCUACUGAAACAACAAGAGAACCCACAACAACUGAAGAAAAAACUACGGUGGCAACAUCCACUGAAACAAUACUAGUAACAACAGAAGCAACAACAAUUUCAGUGACAACACCUGCUGAAACAACAACAGACAUGACAACAACUGAAACAAAAACUACAGUGGCAACACCAAUCGAUACAACUGAAGCAACAACUACAAUGAUAACACCUGCUGAAACAACGCUAGCAGUAACAACUGCAGAGACAACACUUACAGAAACAACACUACCAACAACUGAAGCAACAACUACGGUAACAACACCUACUGAAACUGAAGUUACAACUACAGAGACAACACCUGCAGAAAUAACAAUGCUAACAACUGAAGCAACAUCUACAGUGACAACACCGACUGAAACAACGCUAGCAACAACAGUUUUAGUGACAACACCUACUGAAACAACAAGAGAACCCAAAACAACUGAAGCAAAAACUACGGUGGCAACAUCCACUGAAACAAUACUAGUAACAACAGAAGCAACAACAAUUUCAGUGACAACACCUGCUGAAACAACAGACCCGACAACAACUGAAACAGAAACUACAGUAACAACACCUAUUCAAACAACAACUAUCGAUACAACUGAAGCAACAACUACAAUGAUAACACCUGCUGAAACAACGCUAGCAGCAACAACUGCAGAGACAACACUUGCAGAAACAAUACUAACAGCAACUGAAGCAACAACUACGAUAAAAACACCUACUGAAACUGAAGUUCCCACUACAGAGACAACACCUGCAGAAAUAACAAUGCUAACAACAACUGAAGCAACAUCUACAGUGACAACACCGACUGAAACAACGCUAGCAACAACAGUUUUAGUGACAACACCUGAAACCACAAGAGAACCCACAACAACUGAAGCAAAAACUACAGUGGCAACAUCCACUGAAACAAUACUAGUAACAACAGAAGCAACAACAACUACAGUGACAACACCGACUGAAACAACGCUAGCAACAACUACAGCAACAACAAUUUCAGCAACAAACCCUGCUGAAUCAGCAACAGAGGCCACAAAAACUGAAGCAAUAACUGCAAGGACAAUACCUAUUGAAACAACUGUAGCAAUAACAACUGAAACAAUACCUACAGUGACAACACAAACUCAAAUAAUGCUAGCAGCAACAGAAGCAACAACUUUAACAACUGCAGUGACAACACCUGUUGAAACAACAAUACUUGCAACAAGGGAACCUACAGCAAUUGAAACAACUGCAGAAACAAGAACUGAGGAAAUAACUACAGUGACAAGAUCUUCACAAACAACAACUGCAGAAGCAACAACACAAUCUCAGGCCAUAGUAACCAAAAGAGUUACGUUCAGGUCUCUUCUAAGCUCAUUUACUAAUGACUUGCUGGAUCAAUCAUCUGCAGCUUUCCAGAAUAGAGCGACAAUGAUAACACUACAGCUUGGGCCAAUAUUGCUGCAGGCUUUCCCUUUGUCCUUCAAGGGUCUGAUUAUAAUCGCAUUCAGAAGUGGGUCAGUCAUAAAUGAAAUGGACGCUCAGUUCACAACAACAUCGACGCCAAGUAACACUGAAGUUUCAAACGUCUUGGCUAGUGCAGCUUCUAGCGUGACUGGCUUUGACAUUGAAACAAGCUCCAUUACUGUUGAUUCGACAACAACAGAUGUGACAACAACACUUGCUGAAACAACAAAAGAAAAAACAACAGAACCUACAACUGUAGUGACAACACCUACUGCAACAACAAUAGAACCAACAACAACUGAAGCGAUUACUACAGUGACAACACCUGUUGAAACAACAACCAUUGCUACAACGGAAGCAACAUCUGCCCUGACAACAGGGUCUGAAACAACAACAGAACCUACAACAACUGAAGUGACCACUACAGUGACAACACCUGUUCAAACAACAACAGUUGCUACAACUGAGGCAACAUCUGCAGUGACGACACCAACUAAAACAACAACAGAACCUACAACAACUGUAGUGACUACACUUACUGCAACAACAAUAGAACCUACAACAACUGAAGCUAUAACUACAGUUACAACACCUGUUGAAGCAACAACCAUUGCAACAACUGAGGCAACAUCUGGCGUGUCAACACCUUCUGAAACAACAACAGAACCUACAACUGUAGUGACAACACUUCCUGCAACAACAAUAGAACCUACAACAACUGAAGUGACAACUGUAGUGACAACACUUACUGCAACAACAAUAGAACCUACAACAACUGAAGCGAUAACUACAGUGACAACACCUGUUGAAACAACAACCAUUGCUACAACUGAAGCAACAUCUGCCGUGACAACAGCGUCUGAAAAAACAACAGAACCUACAACAACAGAACCUACAACUGGAGUGACAACACCUGUUGAAACAACAACCGUUGCUACAACUGAAGCAACAACUGUAGUGACAACACUUACUGCAACAACAAUAGAACCUACAACAACUGAAGUGACAACUACAAUGACAACACCUGUUGAAACAACAACCAUUGCUACAACAGAAGCAACAUCUGGCGUGACAACAGCGUCUGAAACAACAACAGAACCUACAACAACUGAAGCGACCACUACAGUGACAACACCUGUUCAAACAACAACAGUUGCUACGACUGAAGUAACAACUGUAGUGACAACACUUACUGCAACAACAGUAGAACCUACAACAACUGAAGCAAUAACUACAGUGACAACACCUGUUGAAACAACAACCAUUGCUACGACUGAGGCAACAUCUGGCGUGACAACACCUUCUGAAAAAACAACAGAACCUACAACUGUAGUGACAACACCUACUGCAACAACAAUAGAACCUACAACAACUGAAGCGAUUACUACAGUGACAACACCUGUUGAAACAACAACCAUUGCUACAACGGAAGCAACAUCUGCCCUGACAACAGCGUCUGAAACAACAACAGAACCUACAACAACUGAAGUGACCACUACAGUGACAACACCUGUUCAAACAACAACAGAACCUACAACUGGAGUGACAACACCUGUUGAAACAACAACCGUUGCUACAACUGAAGCAACAACUGUAGUGACAACACUUACUGCAACAACAAUAGAACCUACAACAACUGAAGCAACCAUUACAGUGACAACACCUGUUGAAGCAACAACCAUUGCAACAACUGAGGCAACAUCUGGUGCGUCAACACCUUCUGAAACAACAACAGAACCUACAACUGUAGUUACAACACUUACUGCAACAACAAUAGAACCUACAACAACUGAAGCGACCAUUACCGUGACAACACCUGUUGAAACAACAACAGUUGCUACAACUGAGGAAACAUCUGCAGUGACAACAGUUACUGCAACAACAAUAGAACCUACAACAACUGUAGUGACAACACUUACUGCAACAACAAUAGAACCUACAACAACUGAAGCGAUAACUAAAGUGACAACACCUGUUCAAACAACAACCAUUGCAACAACUGAGGCAACAUCUGGUGUGACAACACCUUCUGAAACAACAACAGAACCUACAACUGUAGUGACAACACUUACUGCAACAACAAUAGAACCUACAACAACUGAAGCGAUAACUACAGUGACAACACCUGUUGAAACAACAACCAUUGCUACAACUGAAGCAACAUCUGCCGUGACAACAGCGUCUGAAACAACAACAAAACCUACAACAACUGAAGCGACCACUACAGUGACAACACCUGUUCAAACAACAACAGCUGCUACAACUGAGGCAACAUCUGCAGUGACGCCACCUACUAAAACAACAACAGAACCUACAACAACUGUAGUGACAACACUUACUGCAACAACAAUAGAACCUACAACAACUGAAGCGAUAUCUACAGUGACAACACCUGUUGAAACAACAACCAUUGCUACAACUGAAGCAACAACUGUAGUGACAACACUUACUGCAACAACAGUAGAACCUACAACUGAAGUGACAACUACAAUGACAACACCUGUUGAAACAACAACCAUUGCUACAACAGAAGCAACAUCUGCCGUGACAACAGCGUCUGAAACAACAACAGAACCUACAACAACUGAACCUACAACUGGAGUGACAACACCUGUUGAAACAACAACCGUUGCUACAACUGAAGCAACAACUGUAGUGACAACACUUACUGCAACAACAAUAGAACCUACAACAACUGAAGUGACAACUACAAUGACAACACCUGUUGAAACAACAACCAUUGCUACAACGGAAGCAACAUCUGGCGUGACAACAGCAUCUGAAACAACAACAGAACCUACAACAACUGAAGCGACCACUACAGUGACAACACCUGUUCAAACAACAACAGCUGCUACAACUGAGGCAACAUCUGCAGUGACGACACCUACUAAAACAACAACAGAACCUACAACAACUGUAGUGACAACACGUACUGCAACAACAAUAGAACCUACAACAACUGAAGUGACAACUGUAGUGACAACACUUACUGCAACAACAAUAGAACCUAUAACAACUCAAGCGAUAUCUACAGUGACAACACCUGUUGAAACAACAACCAUUGCUAAAACUGAGGCAACAUCUGGCAUGACAACACCUUCUGAAACAACAACAGAACCUACAACUGUAGUGACAACACGUACUGCAACAACAAUAGAACCUACAACAACUGAAGUGACAACACUUACUGCAACAACAGUAGAACCUACAACAACUGAAGUGACAACUACAAUGACAACACCUGUUGAAACAACAACCAUUGCUACAACUGAAGCAACAUCUGCCGUGACAACAGCGUCUGAAACAACAACAGAACCUACAACUGGAGUGACAACACCUGUUGAAACAACAACCGUUGCUACAACUGAAGCAACAACUGUAGUGACAACACUUACUGCAACAACAAUAGAACCUACAACAACUGAAGUGACAACUACAAUGACAACACCUGUUGAAACAACAACCAUUGCUACAACGGAAGCAACAUCUGCCGUGACAACAGCGUCUGAAACAACAACAGAACCUACAACAACUGAAGCGACCACUACAGUGACAACACCUGUUCAAACAACAACAGCUGCUACAACUGAGGCAACAUCUGCAGUGACGACACCUACUAAAACAACAACAGAACCUACAACAACUGUAGUGACAACACGUACUGCAACAACAAUAGAACCUACAACAACUGAAGUGACAACACUUACUGCAACAACAAUAGAACCUACAACAACUGAAGCGAUAUCUACAGUGACAACACCUGUUGAAACAACAACCAUUGCUACAACUGAGGCAACAUCUGGCAUGACAACACCUUCUGAAACAACAACAGAACCUACAACUGUAGUGACAACACGUACUGCAACAACAAUAGAACCUACAACAACUGAAGUGACAACUGUAGUGACAACACUUACUGCAACAACAGUAGAACCUACAACAACUGAAGUGACAACUACAAUGACAACACCUGUUGAAACAACAACCAUUGCUAUAACUGAAGCAACAUCUGCCGUGACAACAGUGUCUGAAACAACAACAGAACCUACAACAACAGAACCUACAACUGGAGUGACAACACCUGUUGAAACAACCGUUGCUACAACUGAAGCAACAACUGUAGUGACAACACUUACUGCAACAACUGAAGUGACAACUACAAUGACAACACCUGUUGAAACUACAACCAUUGCUACAACGGAAGCAACAUCUGCCGUGACAACAGCGUCUGAAACAACAACAGAACCUACAACAACUGAAGCGACCACUACAGUGACAACACCUGUUCAAACAACAACAGUUUCUACAACUGAGGCAACAUCUGCAGUGACGACACCUCCUAAAACAACAACAGAACCUACAGCUGUAGUGACAACACUUACUGCAACAACAAUAGAACCUACAACAACUGAAGCGAUAACUACAGUGACAACACCUGUUGAAACAACAACCAUUGCUACAACUGAGGCAACAUCUGGCAUGACAACACCUUCUGAAACAACAACAGAACCCACAACUGUAGUGACAACACUUACUGCAACAACAAUGGAACCUACAACAACUGAAGUGACAACUACAGUGACAACACCUGUUGAAACAACAACCAUUGCUACAACUGAAGCAACAACUGCAGUGACAACACUUACUGCAACAACAGUAAAACCUACAACAACUGAAGUGAUAACUACAAUGACAACACCUGUUGAAACAACAACCAUUGCUACAACUGAAGCAACAUCUGCCGUGACAUCAGCGUCUGAAACAACAACAGAACCUACAACAACAGAACCUACAACUGGAGUGACAACACUUACUGCAACAACAAUAGAACCUACAACAACUGAAGUGACAACUGUAGUGACAACACUUACUGCAACAACAAUAGAACCUACAACAACUGAAGCGACCACUACAGUGACAACACCUGUUGCAACAACAACAGUUGCUACAACUGAGGCAACAUUUGCAGUAACGAUACCUACUAAAACAACAACAGAACCUACAACUGUAGCGACAACACUUACAGCAACAACAAUAGAACCUACAACAACUGAAGCUAUAACUAUAGUGACAACACCUGUUGAAACAACAACCAUUGCAACAACUGAGGCAACAUCUGGCGUGACAACACCUUCUGAAACAACAACAGAACCUACAACAACUGUAGUGGCAACACUUACUGCAACAACAAUAGAACCUACAACCGAAGCAACAACUAUAGUGACAACACCUGUUGAAACAACAACCAUUUCUACAACUGAGGCAACAUUUGCUGUGACAACACCUUCUGAAACAACAACAGAACCUACAACAGCUGUACUGACAACACUCACUGUAACAAUAGAACCAACAACAACUGAAGCGACAACUACAUUCACAACACCUGUUGAAACAACAACCUUUGCUACAACUGAGGCAACAUCUGUUGUGACAACACCUUCUGAAACAACAACAGAACCUACAACAACUGUAGCGACACUUACUGCAACAACAAUAGAACAUGCAGCAACUGCAGCGAUAACUACAGUGACAACACCUGUUGAAGCAACAACCAUUGCUACAACUGAGGCAACAACUGCAGUGACAACACCUACUGAAACAACAACAACAGAACCUACAACAAUUGUAGUGACAACACUCACUGCAACAAUAGAACCUACAACUGAAGUGACAACUACAGUGAUAACACCUGUUGAAACAAAAGUAGCAACAAACGAGGCAACAACUGCAGUGACAACACCGAUUGAAACGACAGAAGGAACAGAAUUAACAACCAUUUCAGUGACAACACCCAGUGAAACAACUACUGAGGCAAAAACUGCAGGGACAACAAUUACUGAAACAACAGAACCUACAACGACUGAAGCGGCAACUACGGUGACAACAGCUGCAGGAACAGAAUCAACAACCAUUUCAGUGACACCUGCUGAAACAACUACUGAAGCAAUAACUGCAGGGACAACAAUUACUGAAACAACAGAACCUACAACAAAUGAAGCAACAAACACAGUGACAACACAUUCUGAGACAACAACUGAAGCAACAACUAAAAUGACAACACCCACUGAAACAAAAGUAGCAAUUACCACUUCAAUGACAACACCUACUGAAACAACAACUGAAGCAACAACUACUGAAGCAACAAUUACAGUGACAACACCUGCCGAAACAUCCAUCACUACAACUGCGGCAACAGUUGCAGUGACAACAAGACAACCUACAGCAAUUGAAACAACAAUGGCAAACACGAGAACUGAGAAAAUAACUCCAGUGAAUACACCUUCACAAACAACUGCAGCUAUCACAACAGGCGUUGUAACCAAAAGAGUUACGUUCAGGUCUCUUCAAAGCACAUUUACUAAUGACUUGCUGGAUCAAUCAUCUGCAGCUUUCCAGAAUAGGGCGACAAUGAUAACACAACAAAUUGGGACAAUAUUCCUGCAGGCUUUUCCUUUGUCCUUCAAGUUCCUGAUCAUAAUUGCAUUCAGAAGUGGGUCAGUCAUCAAUGAAAUGGAUGCUGAGUUCACAACCACAUCAACACCAACUAACAACGAAAUUUCAAGCGUCUUGGCCAGUGCAGCUCCAAGUGUCACUGGAUUUGACAUUGAAACAAGAUCCAUUACUGUUGAUUCUACAAUAACAGAUGUGACAACAACACCUGUUACAACUGUAGCAACAACUGCGAAAAAAGCAACAGCUGUAACAUCAGCUGCAACAGAAACAACUGCUGCUGAAACAGCUGUGACUACACUGACGACAACUGCAGAAACAGAAACAACAGCAACGACACCUUCAGAAACAGCAACAGCUGCAGUGACAACAGCUGCUGAAACAGCCACAAUGGCAGCGACAACACCUGCAGAAAGACCAACAACUGCAACAGUUGCAGUGACAACAGCUGCUGACACAGCCACAACGGCAGCGACAACACCUGCAGAAACAGCAGCAACUGCAACAGCUGCAGUGACAUCAGCUGCUGACACAGCCACAACGGCAGCGACAAAACCUGUAGAAACAGCAACAACUGCAACAGCCGCAGUGACAUCAGCUGCUGACACAGCCACAACGGCAGCGACAACACCUGCAGAAACAGCAACAACUGCAACAGCCGCAGUGACAUCAGCUGCAGAAGCAGCAACAACUGCAACAACUGAGGUGACAACAGCUGCUGACACAGCCACAACUGCAGCGACAACACCUGCAGAAACAGCAACAACUGCAAGAGCCGCAGUGACAACAGCUCCUGAGGCAGCCACAACUGCAGUGACGACACCUGCACUAACAGCAACAACUGCAACAGUUGCUGCGACAACAGCUACUGACACAGCCACAAUUGCAGCGACAACACCUGCGCAAACAGCAACAACUGCAACAGCCUCAGUGACAACAGCUGCUGAAAAAGCCACAACUGCAACAGCCUCAGUGACAACAGCUGCUGAAACAGCCACAACUGCAGUGACGACACCUGCACUAACAGCAACAACUGCAACAGUUGCUGCGACAACAGUUGCUGACACAGCCACAACGGCAGCGACAACACCUGCACAAACAGCAACAACUGCAACAGCCUCAGUGACAACAGCUGCUGAAACAGCCACAACUGCAGUGACGACACCUGCACAAACAGCAACAACUGCAACAGUUGCUGCGACAACAGUUGCUGACACAGCCACAACGGCAGCGACAACACCUGCACAAACAGCAACAACUGCAACAGCCUCAGUGACAACAGCUGCUGAAACAGCCACAACUGCAGUGAUGACACCUGCACAAACAGCAACAACUGCAACAGUUGCAGUAACAACAGCUGCUGACACAGCUACAACGGCAGCGACAACACCUGCAGAAACAGCAACAACUGCAAGAGCCGCAGUGACAACAGCUCCUGAGGCAGCCACAACUGCAGUGACGACACCUGCACUAACAGCAACAACUGCAACAGUUGCUGCGACAACAGCUACUGACACAGCCACAAUUGCAGCGACAACACCUGCACAAACAGCAACAACUGCAACAGCCUCAGUGACAACAGCUGCUGAAACAGCCACAACUGCAACAGCCUCAGUGACAACAGCUGCUGAAACAGCCACAACUGCAGUGACGACACCUGCACUAACAGCAACAACUGCAACAGUUGCUGCGACAACAGUUGCUGACACAGCCACAACGGCAGCGACAACACCUGCACAAACAGCAACAACUGCAACAGCCUCAGUGACAACAGCUGCUGAAACAGCCACAACUGCAGUGACGACACCUGCACAAACAGCAACAACUGCAACAGUUGCUGCGACAACAGUUGCUGACACAGCCACAACGGCAGCGACAUCACCUGCACAAACAGCAACAACUGCAACAGCCUCAGUGACAACAGCUGCUGAAACAGCCACAACUGCAGUGAUGACACCUGCACAAACAGCAACAACUGCAACAGUUGCAGUAACAACAGCUGCUGACACAGCCACAACGGCAGCAACAACACCUGCAGAAACAGCAACAACUGCAAGAGCCGCAGUGACAACAGCUCCUGAGGCAGCCACAACUGCAGUGACGACACCUGCACUAACAGCAACAACUGCAACAGUUGCUGCGACAACAGCUACUGACACAGCCACAAUUGCAGCGACAACACCUGCACAAACAGCAACAACUGCAACAGCCUCAGUGACAACAGCUGCUGAAACAGCCACAACUGCAACAGCCUCAGUGACAACAGCUGCUGAAACAGCCACAACUGCAACAGCCUCAGUGACAACAGCUGCUGAAACAGCCACAACUGCAGUGACGACACCUGCACUAACAGCAACAACUGCAACAGUUGCUGCGACAACAGUUGCUGACACAGCCACAACGGCAGCGACAACACCUGCACAAACAGCAACAACUGCAACAGCCUCAGUGACAACAGCUGCUGAAACAGCCACAACUGCAGUGACGACACCUGCACAAACAGCAACAACUGCAACAGUUGCUGCGACAACAGUUGCUGACACAGCCACAACGGCAGCGACAACACCUGCACAAACAGCAAUAACUGCAACAGCCUCAGUGACAACAGCUGCUGAAACAGCCACAACUGCAGUGAUGACACCUGCACAAACAGCAACAACUGCAACAGUUGCAGUAACAACAGCUGCUGACACAGCCACAACGGCAGCGACAACACCUGUAGAAACAGCAACAACUGCAAGAGCCGCAGUGACAACAGCUCCUGAGGCAGCCACAACUGCAGUGACGACACCUGCACUAACUGCAACAACUGCAACAGUUGCUGCGACAACAGCUGCUGACACAGCCACAACUGUAGCGACAACACCUGCACAAACAGCAACAACUGCAACAGUUGCUGCGACAACAGCUGCUGAAACAGCCACAACUGCAGUGACGACACCUGCACAAACAGCAACAACUGCAACAGUUGCAGUAACAACAGCUGCUGACACAGCCACAACGGCAGCGACAACACCUGCAGAAACAGCAACAACUGCAACAGCCUCAGUGACAACAGCUGCUGAAACAGCCACAACUGCAGUGACGACACCUGCACUAACAGCAACAACUGCAACAGUUGCUGCGACAACAGCUGCUGACACAGCCACAACUGCAGCGACAACACCUGCACAAACAGCAACAACUGUAACAGCCUCAGUGACAACAGCUGCUGAAACAGCCACAACUGCAACAGCCUCAGUGACAACAGCUGCUGAAACAGCCACAACUGCAGUGACGACACCUGCACAAACAGCAACAACUGCAACAGUUGCAGUAACAACAGCUGCUGACACAGCCACAACGGCAGCGACAACACCUGCAGAAACAGCAACAACCGCAACAGCCUCAGCGACAACAGCUGCUGAAACAGCCACAACUGCAGUGACGACACCUGCACUAACAGCAACAACUGCAACAGCGGCUGUGACAACAGCUGCUGACACAGCCACAACUGCAGCGACAACACCUGCAGAAACAGCAACAACUGCAAGAGCCGCAGUGACAACAGCUGCUGAGGCAGCCACAACUGCAACAGCCUCAGUGACAACACCUGCUGAAACAGCCACAACUGCAGUGACGACACCUGCACUAACAGCAACAACUGCAACAGUUGCAGUGACAACAGCUGCUGACACAGCCACAACGGCAGCGACAACACCUGCAGAAACAGUAACAACUGCAAGAGCUGCAGUGACAUCAGCUGCUGAGGCAGCCACAACUGCAACAGCCUCAGUGACAACAGCUGCUGAAACAGCCACAACUGCAGUGAUGACACCUGCACUAACAGCAACAACUGCAACAGUUGCUGCGACAACAGCUGCUGACACAGCCACAACUGCAGCGACAACACCUGCACAAACAGCAACAACUGCAACAGCCUCAGUGACAACAGCUGCUGAAACAGCCACAACUGCAACAGCCUCAGUGACAACAGCUGCUGAAACAGCCACAACUGCAGUGACGACACCUGCACAAACAGCAACAACUGCAACAGUUGCAGUAACAACAGCUGCUGACACAGCCACAACGGCAGCGACAACACCUGCAGAAACAGCAACAACCGCAACAGCCUCAGCGACAACAGCUGCUGAAACAGCCACAACUGCAGUGACGACACCUGCACUAACAGCAACAACUGCAACAGCGGCUGUGACAACAGCUGCUGACACAGCCACAACUGCAGCGACAACACCUGCAGAAACAGCAACAACUGCAAGAGCCGCAGUGACAACCGCUGCUGAAACAGCCACAACUGCAGUGACGACACCUGCACUAACAGCAACAACUGCAACAGUUGCAGUGACAACAGCUGCUGAAACAGCCACAACUGCAACAGCCGCAGUGACAACCGCUGCUGAAACAGCCACAACUGCAGUGACGACACCUGCACUAACAGCAACAACUGCAACAGUUGCAGUGACAACAGCUGCUGACACAGCCACAACUGCAGCCACAACACCUGCACAAACAGCAACAACUGCAACAGCCUCAGUGACAACAGCUGCUGAAACAGCUGCAACUGCAACAGCCUCAGUGACAACAGCUGCUGAAACAGCCACAACUGCAGUGACGACACCUGCACAAACAGCAACAACUGCAACAGUUGCAGUGACAACAGCUGCUGACACAGCCACAACGGCAGCGACAACACCUGCAGAAACAGCCACAACUGCAACAGCCUCAGUGACAACAGCUGCUGAAACAGCCACAACUGCAGUGAUGACACCUGCACUAACAGCAACAACUGCAACAGUUGCUGUGACAACAGCUGCUGACACAGCCACAACUGCAGCCACAACACCUGCAGAAACAGCAACAACUGCAACAGUUGCUGUGACAACAGCUGCUGACACAGCCACAACGGCAGCGACAACACCUGCAGAAACAGCAACAACUGCAACAGCCUCAGUGACAACAGCUGCUGAAACAGCCACAGCUGCAACAGUUGCAGUGACAACAUCUGCUGAAGUUGCUACAACUGCAGUGAUGACAUCUGCAGAAACAGUUACAACCACAGUGACUACACCUGCAGAAACAGCAACAGCCGCAGUGACGACACCUACAGAAACAGCAACAACACUUGCAGAAACAGCCAUAACUGCCGUAACAACACCUGCAGAAACAGCAACAGCCGCAGUCACAACCGCUGCUAAAACAGCUGCGGUUACAGUGACCACACUUGCUGGAACAGAAACAAAUGCAGUGAUGACUUCUCCAAGUGUAGCAACAACCCCAGCGAUGACACUUGCACAAACAGAAACAACUGCAUUGACCUCACCUGCUGAACCAGCCACAAUUGCAGGAGCAGCACUUGCAACACCUACUGCAAUAUUAACAACUGGACUGACAACACCAGCAGAAACCGCAAUAACUGCAGUGGUGACACCUGCUGAAACAACAACAACCGUAGUAACGACAAAUGCAGCAACCAAAGCUGUGUCAAAUUCAGCAACAGCAAAUGGACCGACAAACCCAGCGACAAACCCAGUGACAACUGCGGCAGCAACAAAUGCAGUGACGAACACGGCAACAAAUGGUCCGACAAUUGCAGCGACAAAUGCAGUGACAAUCAUGGCAACAAAUGGACCGACAACCGCAGUGACAAACAUGGCAACAAAUGCGGCAACAACAAAUGCGGCAGUGACAAACAUGGCAACAAAUGGAGCUACAAACCCAGCGACAACUGCGGCAGCAACAAAUGCAGUGACGAACACAGCAGCAAAUGGACCCACAAAUGCGGCCACAACAAAUGCGGCAGCAACAAAUGCGGCAGCAACAAAUGCAGUGACGAACACAGCAGCAACUGGACCGACAAAUGCGGCAGCAACAAAUGCGGCCACAACAAAUGCGGCAGCAACAAAUGCGGCAGCAACAAAUGCAGUGACGAACACAGCAGCAACUGGACCGACAAAUGCGGCCACAACAAAUGCGGCAGCAACAAAUGCGGCAGCAACAAAUGCAGUGACGAAUACAGCAGCAACUGGACCGACAAAUGCGGACACAACAAAUGCGGCAGCAACAAAUGCAGUGACGAACACAGCAGCAAAUGGACCGACAAAUGCGGCCACGACAAAUGCGGCCACAACAAAUGCAGCAGCAACAAAUGCAGUGACGAACACAGCAGCAAAUGGACCGACAAAUGCGGCCACAACAAAUGCGCCGGCAACUAAUGCGCCAGCAACAACACAAUUCCGAACCAUUGCCACAGCUCUAACCAUAAUAACAAGAAGAGUUACGUUUCGUUCUCUUCAGAGUACAUUUACCAGCGACUUGCUCAACCAUUCCUCACCGGCUUUCAUAAUAAGAGCGACAUUAAUAAGAAGUCAACUUCAACCUUUAUUCGAAAUUGAAUUCCCUUCCACAUUUCGGCAAUUGUUUAUUGUGGACUUCAGAAAUGGCUCAGUUAUCAACGACAUGGACUUGCAGUUCCGGAACACGUCACCAAACAACACCGAAAUUGCCAACGUUUUAAGGAGCGCCUCGUCAAUCGUUACCGGUUUCGACAUCGAGCAAGGGUCCAUCACCGUGGAUGGAAUUGUUUCAAGUGGAGCCCCCCUCCGAAUCAAUAUGGUCACCGCAUGCUGUCUGGUCGCCCUUUCCUGGUUCCUAUCACAUCAGCAAUAGUGUUAAACCUAUUUAUUUGUGCCAAAAGUGCAAGUUUUAUUCAAGAAUUAAAUCACUAAGACUAAAAAUGCACUUUCUGAUGUAUUUAUAUGAAAUGUAACUGCUCAGUUCUUAUAGUAAUAUAUGUACAGUACAUAAAAUGUUAUUUAAAAUGGCAU